AUGGAGCGGCUGCAGGUGGAGGCGCAGGCCCUGGAGGAGUACGCGGAGUACCGGCGAAUUGUAGGUGAUGAUGAUGGAGGAAAGCUCUUUACUCCUGAGGAAUAUGAGGAGUACAAAAGAAAAGUAUUACCAGCUCGGCUACAGAACAGGUUGUAUGUGAGCUGGAGAUCACCAACUGGCAUGGACUGUAAGCUUGUAGGACCAGAGACACCCUGCUUUUGUACUCACCGGUACAAACAGCACCGAACAGACUACGAGGUGCUCCCCAGGGAGCGCCCCAUCCGUGUGCCCUGCCGAGCGCGGCGCUGCCCGUGCCCGUCGUUCCAGGCGGUGCCGCUGAACGGCAGCCAGCCCGUCCGCUGCCGCUGCAAGCACCUCCCCGAGCAGCACAGCCCAGUGCCCGCCUUCCCCUGCCUCUCCUGUUCCAAGUGUUCAGGCUUUCAUAGCUGCUUUACCUGUGCAUGUGGCCAGCCAGCAUAUGCUCAUGAAACAGUUGUGGAGACCAAAGAGGAGCGCUUAGCCCAAGGCAAGCCCGUGGGGCAGGAUGUUCCUUACGCUGCCAUGGGAGGGCUGACUGGCUUUAGCUCGCUAGCAGAAGGCUACAUGAGGCUUGAUGACAGUGGAAUAGGUGCUCCUUCUGCUGAACUUUUAGAUGCCCCCAUUACUAACAUGGAUCAUCCAUUCCUAAAAGCAUUUCAGGGGCCUUCGAGUUCUGCUCAAACUGUGCCACAAAUAGCAGGUGAUGUAUAAGCAGGUGGCACAGGGCAAGUUUCUAAUGGAAAACAAUCAGAAGCUGAUGACAUGGCUUACUUUGAAAAACGUUAUCAAGAACGGCUGAAAAUGGAGAAAGCUGCUAAACGGAAAGAGAGGAAUCCAGUGCCGUCAAAGAAGCCAUGA